UUAAGAAUCUCCACUCCAACAACACCAGACACAAUUACUCCAAAUCGAUAUAUUAGAGACGGUGAAAGUCUAGUUUCAGCAGGUGGAAGCUUUGAACUGGGAUUCUUUAGCCCUGGUAAAUCAAAUGGUCGAUACUUGGGAAUAUGGUACACUGUUGAUACUGAGGCAGUUGUAUGGGUAGCCAACAGAGAGACACCACUUGGCGAUACUUCAGGAGUUUUGAAGGUCACUGAGCAAGGAGUUCUAGUCCUUCUCAAUAGCUCAAACAGCAUUGUAUGGUCAUCCAAUACAUCAAGAACUGCAGGGAAUCCAGUAUCACAACUCCUGGAUUCAGGAAAUCUUGUUGUGAAAGAUGGAAAUGAAACCAACCCUGUUAACUUUUUGUGGCAGAGUUUUGAUUAUCUUUGUGACACAUUCCUACCAGAAAUGAAGCUUGGUUGGGACUUAGUUACUGGUUUAGAGAGGUACGUCUCGUCUUGGAGGAGCAAAGACGAUCCUGCUCUAGGAGAGUUUUCGUUACGGAUAGAUCAUCGUGGUUUCCCGCAAGCUGUUGUUGUGAAAGGAGCUAAGAUAGUGGCUUCAGCAGGCUCAUGGAACGGCCUUCAUUUUACAGCAUAUCCAUAUCCUCCACAAACACGACCAAACCCAACAUUGGAGUAUGAAUUUGUGUUGAACAAGGAUGAGAUCUAUUAUGAGUUCAGGCUCUCAAAGAGGUCCACGUUCUCAAGAUAUAUAUUGAAUCCAUCAGGCAUUGCGCAGCGAUUAACAUGGGUGCACCAAACACAUAGUUGGGAACUUUCCUCUACAUUUCAAGCAGACCGGUGUGAAAAUUAUGCUUUGUGUGGUGCAUAUGCUAGUUGCAAUCUGAAUGUCUCUCCCUUAUGUGCAUGCUUGAAUGGAUUUGUACCAAAAUCUCCAAAAGAAUGGAAUUCGGGAUAUUGGUCUGAUGGUUGUGUUCGAAAGAUUCCAUUGGCUUGCAGCUCUGGAGAUGGCUUCCUAAAGUACACUGGGGUUAAAUUGCCAGACACAUCUUCCUCAUGGUUUGAUAAAAGCACGAGCCUCAAGGAAUGCAAGGGAUUAUGUUUGAACAACUGCUCAUGUACGGCAUAUGCAAAUUUAGAUAUCAGGGAGGGAGGAACUGGCUGCUUGCUUUGGUUUGGCAAUCUCAUUGACAUAAGGGAAUUCACUCCCGGUGGUGGUCAAGACCUCUAUAUACGGAUGGCAGCUUCAGAACUUGAUCAAAUUGAGAAAAGGAGCAAGUUCAACAAGAAAAAGCUACUUGGAAUUCUUCUCAUCAGCUCUACACUUUUUCUUUUGGGAACUUUAAUAAUUGGCUUGAUAUUGUAUAGAAGGAAGAAG